UGUAGGAAUAAAUACUCCGUAUGUUCUUGUACGAAUCGUUUGUGGGACGUGAAAUCCCAUAUGCGCGCUUAGCCCUAGUCCAGGCUCACCCUCGGAUCACUUCCACACUGGUUCUAAGUUCUAACAGGCCAUUUCUUUCCCGCCAGAUUCCCUCUUACUUCUUUAUUUCCCGCCAAUCGCAAACCCUAAGAUUUGAGUAGUCUCGGAGGGAGAGAACGAAGUGCCGGUUUAACCAGCCAGCAUUUCAGCUGACAUUUGGAUUUCAGAAUAAUCUCCGGUGACUGAAGCAAGUCGCGCAGAAGCUCCGUUCGGUGGGUGCAUUGUGGCGGCUUUAGCUGUUAGGCCACUCUCGCUUCUUCAACUUCAACAUUUCAUCAUUCCGGCAGGCUGCUAACCCCAGGCCCCUAGCUAUUUAGGCGGUAAAAGACUCCACACCCAGUAAGGGAAGAGCACUGGUGGAAGCAUCACAUGGAUUUGAGCGAUGAAAUCAGGGCUGCUCAUAAGCGGACAUUUCUCAAGUUUUUCGAACAAACUGAGCUGGACACCCAAUUUAAACUUCAAUUUGAUUCCAUGGUGAACAAUACACGACAUCGAUUCAUUAUCAACCUCAAUGAUCUCUACAGUGAUAGAGAAGGCUCUGAUUUGGCCCGCAGGCUUCUUCAGAAUCCCAGUGAGUAUAUGCAACCAUUAUGUGAUGCAUUAACAGAUUUGUUUCGUGUGCACAAUCCCAAGUACUUGAAGGAAGGAGAGCAAGUGCUUGUUGGAUUCACUGGUCCUUUUGUUUCAAGGAGAGUGACCCCAAGGGAGCUUCUGUCCAGUUUCAUAGGUUCUAUGGUCUGCAUCCAGGGCAUUGUUACAAAAUUCUCUCUUGUGAGGCCAAAGGUUGUAAAGAGUGUCCAUUUCUGUCCUGACACCAACAAAUUCACAACCCGGGAAUAUAGAGAUAUUACAUCCAAUGUUGGACUGCCGACAGGCUCUGUGUAUCCGACACGGGAUGAGAGUGGCAAUUUGCUAGUUACUGAGUAUGGGCUUUGUACAUACAAAGAUCACCAAACAUUGUCAAUUCAAGAGGUGCCUGAAAACUCUGCUCCUGGUCAACUUCCUCGAACUGUGGAUGUUGUUGUUGAAGAAGACCUUGUGGAUUCAUGCAAGCCCGGGGAUCGUGUCGCAGUUGUUGGGAUAUACAAAGCACUUCCGGGAAAAAGCAAAGGGAGCAUGAACGGAGUAUUCAGGACUAUUCUCAUAGCUAACAAUGUAUCUCUUCUCAACAAGUCAGCCCAUGUUCCGAACUACUCAACACAAAUCUUAAAGAACAUUCAAACAAUUUCUUCAAGAGAUGAUACAUUCGACCUUCUUGCAAACUCACUUGCUCCUUCUAUUUAUGGUCAUUUGUGGAUAAAGAAAGCAGUGAUUCUAUUAAUGCUUGGUGGAGUUGAAAAGAACUUGAAAAAUGGAACCCAUUUGCGAGGUGACAUAAAUUUGAUGAUGGUUGGGGAUCCUUCUGUUGCAAAGUCUCAGCUGCUAAGAGCAAUCAUGAACAUUGCCCCUCUGGCAAUAUCAACAACUGGCCGGGGUUCCUCUGGAGUCGGUUUGACAGCUGCUGUUACUUCUGAUCAAGAAACAGGAGAAAGAAGACUUGAAGCUGGUGCCAUGGUUCUUGCCGAUAGAGGUGUUGUGUGUAUUGAUGAGUUUGAUAAGAUGAACGAUCAAGAUCGUGUGGCUAUACAUGAAGUUAUGGAACAGCAGACUGUAACCAUUGCCAAAGCUGGAAUACAUGCAUCCUUGAAUGCUCGGUGCAGUGUUGUGGCAGCUGCAAAUCCCAUAUAUGGCUCUUAUGAUCGCUCAAUAACACCUACAAAGAACAUCGGGCUUCCAGACUCCUUGCUUUCACGUUUUGAUUUGCUCUUUAUUGUUUUGGAUCAAAUGGAUCCAGGGAUUGACCGUCAAAUCUCUGAGCAUGUUUUGCGUAUGCAUCGGUACCGAUCAGCUAUGGAUGGAGGUGGAACUAUAGAAGAGAAGUCAAUAUAUGAAGAGGAAAAUGAAGAUGAUAAUAAUCUGGCUGUGUAUGUCAAAUAUAACCGUAUGCUACAUGGAAUGAAUACAAGCCGAAGUCGCAAGAAAGACACCCUCACCAUCAAGUUUCUGAAGACAUAUAUUCAUUAUGCAAAGACCAGGAUUCAACCUGAGCUGACCGAUGAGGCAUCUGACCACAUUGCAACUACAUAUGCUGAGCUCAGAAAUGCCAGUGCAAGUGCUAAGGCUGGGGGAGGGACGCUUCCAAUCACUGCUAGAACCUUAGAAACAAUAAUACGGUUAUCGACAGCCCAUGCCAAGCUGAAGUUGAGAAGACAGGUCCUGAAGUCUGAUGUAGAAGCUGCCCUUCAAGUUCUAAACUUUGCGAUAUAUCAUCAAGAGCUGACAGAGAUGGAGGAGCGUGAGAAAGAGAGAGUGAGUGAGUUGGAAAGGAGACGUAGAGCUGGGCACAAUGAUGGUGAUGAUGCUGGAACAAACAGAGAUGAUCACACUACUGCAGAUACAGAUGAAACUAGUAAUGAUGGAAGUAAAAAGCAAAAUAGCAAUAAUGAUGGUAGCUCUACUACAAGAACGAGCGAACAUGAAGCUAUGGCAGUAGAUGACCCUCCAUCUGAGCCUAGCAUAUCCCCAGAGAGAUUGGAAGCAUUUAGCUCAGUUCUUGGUAGGCACAGGCAUGCACACCACUUAGAGCAAAUGUCCAUUGCUGAUGUUGGGGGUGUUGUAAACAAUGGGAUAGCACUACCUUAUUCAAACUCAGAGAUAAUGUCUAUUUUAAAGAUAAUGCAGGAAAAAGAUCUGUUGAUGAUACACAGGGACACAAACACUGGUGCAGAUAUCAUUUACUUCAUGUAGCGUUGUUUAUCGUAGAUCUACAUUUGUUGCUCAGUGAUACUUUCUAUUAAGCAUUAUAUACCAGAGCAGUAGAAUGUGUUCCGUUCUGAGAUUGUCACAAGUUACGCUAGUACAAUUAUCUUUUUCCUUGUCCAAGACAAAAACAUGGGAAAAGUGGCAAUGUGGCACCACCAUUUUGGGCCCUUCCGUUCUUAAACGUUCUUGGAGCUUAGUUAGGGCCUUCCCUGAGAAACGGGGACCCCGUGCAACAACAAAAAAUUGGGUCUUUUUUCCAUGACCGGAUGGAUAUUUUUUGAGAACAUAAUUAUAUCAAAUACGAAGUACUAUGUACCAAUUAUCGAAAU